UUUUCCAGGAUGAGUCUGCAGAUCUGCAACGAUGAAAACGUCACUGGUGACAAAAGUGCAGAAAACUGUGAGUUCCUGUUUUCGCCACCAGAACCUACCGGAAGAUUAUCUGUGCUUCGUCUGUCCCAGAAAGAAAAUGUGCCACCCAAGAGCGUAGUCAAAGCUACGAAAGUGACUUUUCAGACUCCUCUGCGAGACCCACAGACGCACCGCAUCUUGAGUCCUGGCAUGAGCAGCAAGCCCGAGGCUCCUUUUGCUCUGGAGGACACUGUUGGGCUGGAAAAUUCUCACCAAAACUGGGCCCAGAAACAGAACCAACAGUUCACCAAGGAAGUUGACACCAAAACGACCAAUGGAAUUGUCCAGAAACCAUUGAUGGGCAAUGCCAGCCUGCCUCCAGGGGACGUGAGACCAGCCUCUGAAGAUAGGCCGUAUUCCAGUGGACCCACCUCUGCUCCCCUGGCCAGCCUGGGUCCCUCAAGCUCUCCCCAGAUGCCAGAAAGUCUUGAAAAUCAAGUGGCAUCUCUAGGACAAACGUCUAGGAGCCCUGAGCAAGCCUUGGAGGAAAAUUCUUGUUCUUGUUUCUUCGAGAAAAGUAUUAUAUCCACCUCAGAAAUCCUAGAAGACCCUUCCCAGAUGGCUCUCCAGGACAGAAGGGAAGGUCCUCGUGGGGCUGCCAGAGAAAGUUCCAGCCAGGUCCCUGCUUCCUCAGCCGGGGCUACUUUGCCCCCAGCUACUCUCCUCAAAGGAGCAGGUGGAGAAGGGCCCCUCGAAGACCUGCCUGGCGAGGCCCCCGCUGGCCCUGAAGACACUUCUGGUCCUGGGAACACCAUCCUGGACGGCCCCCUGAACGCUGGAGGGGCCACAUCCCCAAGUCCUCAGAAGGAAGAAGCCGACGGCCAGCAGGCUGCCUCUUGGAGGCGCGGGCCCACAGGGCUAGAAUUUGAUUUGUCUCCCAAUGCCGUCAGCAGAGGGAAAGCGGGGAAGGGACCCAGCCUUAAACCUCCCUCUAGGAUACCAGAGCCGAGGCAGGAAAAGGCACCCGAGGAGGCAGGUGAGGGGCCCGUUCCCCUCCCCCGGGGGUCUUACGACCUGGAUUGGAGCAAGCUGGAUGACCCGACCUUUAACCCAUUUGAAAGUGGAGGAGAGACCCUACCCCCAGAGUGCCCCCAGAGCAGGCCCGCAGGGACUGUGACCAAGCAGCCGCAGGCCGGCCUGGAGGCCACAGGGCACUGCCCCCUGAGCCAGCAGGUGCCUUCGGCCUCAGCAGAUGACAUACCCGUGACGCAGACCACGGCAGGGACCCCAGGCGCAGGGGGCGAGGACCUUCGGCUGCCCCAGGGUGCCCCCACGGAGCCAUCCUCCUUCCAGGAGGGAGCCGCGGGCCGUGCCAGUGCGUCAGCGCCGCCCCCUCCUCCGCACGGGCCGGAGCCCCCCUCGGACCUGGAUGAGGAGCACUUCCGAGACCCCGCUGAGGUUCUAGGCACGGGGGCCGACGUGGACUAUCUGGAGCAGUUCGGGAGUUCCUCGUUUAAGGAGUCAGCCCUGAGGAAACAGUCCCUGUACCUCAAGUUUGACCCGCUCCUGAAGGACAGCCCUCAGAGACCAGUGCCCGCGGCCCCGGACGCCAGCAGGUGCGAUUACCUUCCCUUGUGGGGUCUCAGCACACAGGACGUGGCUGCGCCGUCCUCGGGAAGCCUGCCCGAGGCGAAGCUGCUGGACCUGGACUUCCUAGGAGCCCCGGGCGCUGCCGUGCUGGACGCCCCUCCGUGCAUCUUCGGGCCUGGGGGUCCCCUGCUGCCCACGGGCCCCAUCGUGGGCUCCAUCGUGGAGGUGCCACAGUAUAGCCAGAAGGACAUGGACGCAGCGCCGGGCCUCUGCUGGGCGGCCUGCGUGCGGGGCCCAGAUGGGGACAUCGUCUGCCAGCAGCAGCGUCCUGUCCAGUCCUCUGGCCCCCUGGCCCCCUGGCCCCCUGGCCCCCUGGCCCUGCUCGGAGCUGGCCCCAUCCCUUCUGCUGGCUGCUCUCUCAGUCUCGCCUAUAGAGACGCCUUCCAGGGGCCGAGCCCCCCUAAACUGAGCACUGGGCAGGGCCAGCGAGAGGCUCCCAGACGGACCUGGUCGGGGCCAGAGAAGGUGGCUUUGAAGCACGCGGUGACAGCCACGGGCAGCCUCCUGCCGGCCAGAGCCCGGAGCAGGUUCUGGAACACAGGAGACUGCGGAAGGAACCCCCGGCGGCCACAGCCAGUCUCCUCGCCUGGGCCCUGUGCCCGCUUGAGGAUGGGGCGUUCUGGGCCUGGCACCACUGGCGCCAGCUGGGACCAGGUCACAAGUGUGGGUCCUCAGCCUGCCCAGACCUACCAAGUCAGGGGCCGGGGUCCCCUGAUGCCCCUGCAGGCCCGGCUGCCGCCCGGUUCAGAAAGGCUCCUGGGGGCUGCUUUGAGCCCCACUCUGUGUCCCACCCCGAGAACCCCCCUCUCGGGCCCAUCCCGUUACCAUGUGGUCAGCGAGCAGGGACAGCAGUCUCGCAAGGGACACAGGCUGACCGUCACCCAGGCUGUUGACAGUUUGCUUUUCCACAUGAGAACCUUCGUCCGUUUGGGUUCUGACCUGUGGUCGUGA